CGAUUUUUUCCCUUGAAAAUAUGUCCCACCCCUUCCUUGUCACUGCUCUGGCUUGUUUCUCGUAUUAGUAGGUACUAAGUAGCUAUGAAAAACAGUUACAAGGAAUUCUUUAUGCAUAGCAGUUUUUUUGGUAUUCAUCAAUGAUAUUUAGGCUGAUAUAUGUUUACAAAGUCACCUGACCUCAGAAAUCUGCAAAUUUGUAGCCUAUAUAUCAAGCUAGUAAGGUUAUCUGUACAGUGUCAGCAAGUAGAAUAAAUCCAAUAGUUUCAAGCAAGGUUAUGAUUGAAGUUACAGAUGGUCGCUUGAUAAUAUACCAGAAAUGAGGGCAGACUGGGGAUCACAAGUUGUGAAUAGAGAGGCAUUAGUUUUUCUCUGUAUAAACUAUGCAUUCUUUUCUAUUGUUUUGCUGUCCUUUAUCUUAUUUCUAGUGAUUUUAACCAACACUUCAUCAACACAAGAAGAUUUAAUUACCUCUUUAUCAAUAAUGGCAUCUUGUUUUGUUUUUGUUGAUCUAAUUGUGGCCAAUUUCUUAGUUCAAUCUGUUAAUAUGAACUCUGAAAUUCGAUUACUCUUAUAGCUCUUAACUUUAUUCUUAAAUAUCUAAGUGUUAAAAUAUUCUUGUUUCCAAAAACGUGUACUGUGAUAUCUAAAUCAAAUAACUCUUAAAAUAAUCAAAAUCAGCAAAAUGGAUAUCAGUAAAGCUUCACGUCGCUUGAAACUGACUACCCGAAAUGAAGAUACAGGAAUCAUGAAAUUCACAUCCAGUAAUCAAAAUAUGGAUGAUAAAAUGUUUCAAGAUGGCACUCCACUCAGUCCAAGUUCAGUAUUUACAACUUCCGAGCUCAAAUAUAUCCCCAACUGUUUCCUUAGUGCUAUUUUGUAUUGUCACUGGGACAACAUACUUGGACCUCGAUUGUACCAUGUAUGGAAGAUAGAAAACUGUGAUACACCUCCUGUGGAUAUUUUACGUUUUUUAAGUGGACAGAUAUUGAGUGGAGAGAUUUGUCGUGAAUUAGACAGUGGGAACAUUGAUUUUAAAUUCUAUGUGAUGCCUGAUAAAGAUGUUGUGGUAUCCUCAUUUGUUUUUAGUGCUAAACUUGACAAUGAUUUAGCGAUACAGUCUAUUGGUCUAGUUUUACCAUACUGUAAUUUACACCUGUAUUUAAAAUAUCAUCAAUUAUUACAAUUAUGUCUACGUAGAAUGAUUUCUAAACUUAGAAUACUUAUGAAUAAGGCUAGUUUAUCUGAAAAUGUUUUGAACGAGUUCUCAGCCUGGUUAACUAUGUGUUUUGAAAUGUUUUCAUCAUUGACUGAAGCUGGUUUACCACAACAACCCAGACUAUCUGAUACAGCAUUUUGCCCACUUCAUAAUCUUGAGCCUGAGUUUUUAUAUCGCUGUAUAACAUCACAUUUAAUGACAUUUGGUAGAAGUUUAGUUGUAGGUAAAUUGGCUGAAAGAGUCAAUCUUGUAAUAUCAACGCUAGCCGUUUUUAACUCAGAUAGAGAAAGAGCGUGUUCCAGACUAGUUCUAGAAGAUAAGCCAUGGACAUUUCACCAUGAUUUAUGUGUACAAGGUCUUAUAAAGAGUAAAAAUGGUGCUAUUGUCUUACCAAUGAGAGAGAUAUUAUGUAGUCAAUAUCCCACCACUAUAAUUGAUGUACAGAAUAGAGAUGUAAAACAAUCACCAUAUAGUCAGGAACAUAAAGUUAGGAAUUAUGAAGUUUUACGAGAUGAACUGAUUUGUUUACAUUAUAACCAGAUAGAUGAACAUGAUGUUAUUUGUAGCAUGUUUCAAAAGGCUCAAUAUAAUUCAACAUUAGUAUCUAACUUAUUAGAAGAGAUUUCCAAGUUAUCAGCAGACUGUGGUAUUAGAAUAGCUCAUAUUCAACAAUUUAUCAGAUAUUUAAAUAGAAAAGCUCUUAGUUUGAUCAAAUAUGUAGAAACAGAAACAUUAAAAGGCUCCAUUCCUCUGAAAGGUGGAUUGAAAAAACUACGCCAAGAUUUAUCACUAACUAUUGAGGGAGAUUUUAGAAUUGUCAUAGCCACCGCAGAAAAGUUAAAACCUGGAAUUUUUCAAUUCCUAAUGGGGGAUGGGAAAGAAAUAGACUAUCAGUCUCAUCCUUUAGGAGAAAUUAUUUAAUAAUUUAUUUUUAUCUGUGUUAUUUGUGUAAUGAAUUUUUAAUAAUAUUGAAUAAUAAACUUGUUAUUGAUGUUGUGACUGAUUUU